AUGUACGACUCCUAUCGUCCACAUCCUCUCCUGGCCCAGGUCCCACUGACCGUCUCACCUUUCAUCAACCUCCCCACCUCCGUCACAUUACCCUACACUUACAAAUCUGUCCCCUCAUCUCUACCCCCCUCAGUGACAGUCGAUCUAAACAGCCCUGAUGGUAAGGCCCGCUAUGUUGUCUCCUCGAGCGGUGAGCAUGCAGCUCACCCAGACGACGUGCUCGCCGCGUGCCACUCCCUCGAACAACAUUUGAAUAAGACUCGCAGCAACGCGGAACAAGCGAUCACCGCCUGGAAAGAGUCGAUUAAACAACGCGAGCUGGCCGAAAAGAGACGCCUGGCUCCUGGGUGGCUUGACCGUGAGGAAAAGCUCCUUCAACCUAGCCGGACCAGUAUCUCUCCCGACCCACAGGGCGAUGCCCACCCAAGCCUGCUGGAUAGCUCUUCCACUGAACAAGGCUCCUCGCAAUUGCCGACCAUGGUACCGCAUGACGAUGGGGAGGAGUUGGAUAGGGCGUUCGGUGGUCUAGGUUUGAAAUGA